AUGUCAAAAAACCGGUCUAAGUCCUGCGGUAUUCGUCCGAAGCGGACGGAAAUGGACAUUGAACUGCUAGUCGAAAGCAACCAGAAGCAUAGGAUAAAAGGGAAGAAUGUGCAUAGUAGCAGUGGAAUUACCUUGCCGCUAAACUGGUUUACCCAUGGUGCAAUCAGGGGUAGAGACAUUGUGUCAUGGGAGGGUUACGUUGCAAUUGGUGAAAGACUUACCCUAGUGCUGAAGCUCACAUUGUGCUCCUGGUUACUAGAACCUACCAAAUGUCUCCCUUUCGCAGUGUCUGUAAUCCCAAUCCAACACCUCAUAUUCUUCACUUCAUUUUGUCAAGUGGCCUUUAAAAUACCAAGUCCUGCUCGCCGUCGUACAACUCAAUAUUUUUGCUUCAUCACUCUUGGAACAAUCACGAACGUCAUCCCCACUGACGCCCACAAUGUAGCUUCAGUCACCCUUCCCAUUACCAUCCUCAUCGCCAUUGGAACAAUCACGAACGUCAUCCCCACUAACGCCCACAAUGUAGCUUCAGUCACCCUUCCCAUUACCAUCCUCAUCCGCCAGGGAGACAUCGUUUUCAUCCUGAACAAGCUUACAACAUUUUGGCAAACGUCUACCAGUAUGGCGGCAACCACGCCGGUUCCUCUCUCGACACUCCUAAGCCUCGAAACCUGCUACAUUUUCCUCCUCCUCUUCGUCCUCCUUUCCCUCACCUCGCUCCCCCAGAUGCAACGAGCGUACCACAUCACUUUCGAAAGGAUGCAGAUAGGCAGCUGUCUUGAUCCUUUAGAUUCUCAGCUUCCUUCACUUACUGUCGUUUCCAUCUCCUACCGUCCCAGUUUCUGGUUUCUUCAGGCCAACAUUCCCUUCCACAUCUCACUUUGGCUCCAUAUUCACCGCGUUCAGGUCAUAGCACUCCAACUCACAACCACGGCUCUGCGGUUAGGAUUUCCAUGCAAAAACACGACCCAAACCUCUUUCCUACGCUUCAGCACCUCCGCACUGUCCUCAAGGUGCCCCUUAGCGACCAUGCCUGUCCUCACUGCCUCGCCGCAGAGUUCCCCGAGGGAUUAUAAUCGCAGAUACCGGCAACUGAACGCAGGGGCUGCGGCCCUGAACUUCCUUGACUGUACUUGCCUCUUUUCUUCGGUCUUGAUUGUUGCUGCAGGUAAGAGAAUUGGCCUUGACUAUCGCUUCCCAUUGGAAAUCAUCUGGUGCGCGACGGAUCCAAUGGCUUGGGGUGUGAAUAUCACGUUUGCUAUCAGGGUCACCAAUCGUGAAGGCAAGAUAUGGAAUGCUAAGAACAGUGGCUGGAUCUGCAUUCGGGCUGGAUGCGGCAUUUGCGGUUGGGAUAUGAAGAACGGGGGUGCUGGCUUACGGCGUGGUGAUCGGUCUGUAGAAGCGUAG